UGAAUGAAUAUCUUUGAAAAGAUACCAUAUGGCCACCUCGCACAUGAACAAUCUACCAGCAUGUUAACCAUUUAGCGAAUUCAUAAAACUUAUUGAUAUCCUUCGUUCAAACUGCCAAAAACUUGCCACACUUGCUCAACCAGCAUAGCAUAAUGUCUCUCAAUCAGGGAAAGUACAAGCCUAGCAUUUGCGCUAUCGAUGAGGUUGACGAUCGCAGCCUCAAAAAUGAUGAUCUCCAAAAGCAGCAACUCGAGGGUAGCGAAACAGCGCCCUUGACCACCAACCAACAUAAAUUACACAUUGAUACAAGUAGUCGUGCGGGGAAGGAUGUGGAAUCGCAAAUCGAUGAUAAUAUUGAGGGCAACGGUAAUAGCAAAGCGGAUGGUGGUGUGUCCGGUGGCGCUACUAAUGCAGCUGCCAAUGGCUUUCGUGGUCGCAUGCAGUUAGACGCAUUGAUGCAGUUGUCACGUAAACGUCGUAUACUCUAUAUAACGACCGUUUGCUUUUGUGCCUUACUCUUAGUCAUAAUCGUCAUGAUGAUCGCAUUCUGGCCGGAGGUGCCAUUCUACUUUCGCGCCGAACUGUGUCUUGAGAAGGAGUGCGUGCAAACCAGUCAACAGUUGCUUUUAUGGGCCAAUAUUUCAAAAAAUCCCUGCCACGACACCUACGAGUGGGCGUGUGGUAAUUUUGCACGUGAAUAUGCGGAGAAUGAUUACUAUGUAAUAAAGCGUGGCGAAUGGAAUUACAAGACCUAUACUGAAUAUGAAGAGCUGAAUGAGCUGAACCGUUUCAUAUCGAUGUUGCCAUCAUCUGGCGNUUAG